GCUAGGUUAGAAAGGGAAAAUUAAGGAGCAGGGAGGGAGAUGGACUUAAGACCCUAGAGAGACGAAGGGCAAGAGAGACAAAGGGUAACAUGGGAUUCAGCUGGGGGAACGAAGAAUUUAGAGAAUAAAAUAUUCCUGGAUUUGUAUGGUUCAUAGAGCCCCCUGUGUAUAAUGAGACAUUAACACAUCUGACAGUUUUUUAAAGCUUCAGAGAGGAUUGCAAACUACAGACAGGAUAGCUAGAGAGAGAUUUAGCAAGAAUCACAUAGAGAUUAUACAGAGAGGGAGGAGAGACAGCUAACUGUCCGUUCAGAAACGGGAAAGGAGGAUCGCAGGAGAAAGGGACCUAGCUUGCUGGCCCGACACAGCAAGACUCCUAGGAGGGGGAGACAGAUUGUGGGAAAUGAGAGAGAGCCAGACAAAGAGAGAGGUGACAAAGGAAAAGUGUUCGAGAGGCCAUUAUACAUUGUAGCAAGAACUGGGCAGUGGGUCACUGAGAUACAGCAGGGGAUUGAGACGUAAGCCAGACACAAGGAAUAUGAUAUGUCAGAAAACUGUCAUGUGAAAAGGAAAUGGGAAGAGUGCCUGUGUAAUUGUAGUGGGUGUGUGCUGCAGAAAAGUUCAUUAUAGUUAAAUAAUGUGUUUUAUAGAACAGUCUGGGUCCAGUACUGUAGGAUUCUAUAGACUAAUGUAGGAGGAUUUGUGUUUGUAGCAAACAGUACUCUAUAAAGUGCAAGUUAUUGCAGUGUGUGCAUAUAUAUUUAUGUAUACACAUACUGAGCAUUAUUAUUAUUGUAAUGCUUUAUAUUCAAUCUUGAUAGUCAUAGAAAGUGUUGUAGUAUAGGUACUCAGACAGAAGGAAGAGUAGAUUUCUCAGAGGGGUUUGCAAUGAGUUCCUUGCUUGCAUCCUCUCCUUCUCUCACCACUAAUGCUCCCAGCUCCUCUUCCCUUCCCUCUCUUGGUCCAGUCUCUUCUCCUCUUCCUUGUCCUUCACGAGGGUUUCUCCGCAGCCUUCGUGUCUUGUACCACAUCUUGGAGGAGGAAGGGGGUGGCCGGGUCCAUGUGCAAGACAUUGAGGGAUUAUGGGGUGGCCCCACUAUCCUGUCUGGGGUCCCGCAGGCACUCAGAGAUGCAACAGCUUCCAGUGGUGGCUACCUGAGCUUCCCUCGGCUGGUGAAGGGACUCACUCAGGCACUGAGGGCAGCAGAACCUCAAGAUACACAGACACACAGGAGAGGUGAGUCUGAAAAAUGUGCUGUGAGUCUUUGUAAAGCAAGUGUCAAGAGGGUGUCAAUUCAAUCCCCUCUCCAUACCUCUGUCUCACUAAACUGCCUGUCUCUUAACUGUCACUUUCACCCCUGUUGUCUCCUAACUUGCCCCGUACCCUCAUUCUGAAAACAUCUACCUAUACUUUAUAGAAUGCUCCUCCUGCUUUUGUGACCUCUCUUACUAUCCACCCUAGCACUGUCUUUCACUCUCUUUCUUUCUCUCAUCCUUUUCUUUCACUUUCCCUUAUUCUCUCUUUUCUGACUUGCUUUCUUGUUCUCUCUCUUUCUUUCUUGCUGCCCCAUCUCACUCUAUCAUCUCGCCUCCCUUGAUUUACACUUUUGUAUCAUAACGCUCUCUAAUCUGCACCAUCUGUCUGCAUGUAUAAUCUGCACAUUGAGGAAAGCAGAGAGAGAUCAGAUGAGAGGAUUACUACUUUUGCACUGUACAAAUAAAAUACUUUUUGCUCAACCUAUAAUUUCCUGUAGAUAAUUCCCCAUUUAUAAAUGAAAGGUGUCAAAAUACCAAAACCACUAUGUAUCAAAUUAAACAGCAAUGCAUACGACAGUUACAUUUAUAUUAAAAAGAAAAGAUGAAGAAACCUAGGCAAAUAAUAUUUAACAGUGUAUUCGCUGCAAAAUAUUCAUUAGUCUUUUGUAUAGUAAGGAAAUUAUUUUUCUUGUUGUGUUGAGAAUUAUUUUGUGUGUAUCGAUCAAACUAUUUAAAGGGACUCUGAGUACCGUAACAUCCUGUUGUAGUGGUCAUGGUGCAGUGAGUCUGUGGAUGCGUUCUGACAGGUUUUCGUAAAACUGUUUUGUUUUUUUAGCAGAUUGACAAACACAUACUGCCAGGCCACUCGUCACCAUCUGCUGAUGCAGAUGUGCCUUUCCUCUUUAGCCCUUACAUCUUCGGAUGGCAGUGAAUGGCUGAGAGUGCUGAGGGCUAGUUUGACAAAAACACAGGGGAUGUAUCCACAGAAUCUUGAGCUGCAGUUGUUAUGGUGCCUAGAAUGCCCCUUUUAAUUUCCAGGUAUUGUAGCACUUCAGAAUUUCCUAUCCUUCUCUGUAAUUACUUACUGAGACUGCAAGUACCAGUUGGUAUAGCACUUGUCUAUGUGGAAACCAUAAGUCAUAUUUAAUUAAGCAGUGGUUUCUGCUAUGAUGUACUAGUAAAAAAUAUCCUGCUGGAUGCUUACAUGUUUUGAUAUUAAUAUGGAAUGUAAAGGCAUUGCCGUAAAAACCCAGAGAUUGGAUGUAUAUAUAUAUAUAUGUGUGUGUGUGUGUGUGUGUGUGUGUGUGCCAGGAACGUGUCUGGCCAUUCUUUUGCAUUCAGAGAGAAAUUUAUUGAGAAAUCCUACCUGGCUCAUGGUGAUUACUAAGUUCCGGUCCCUAACAUCAUAGCUUGUGUGGUUUUAAUGCUAUGUGCUGAAACACCUGCUCUCCCCAGCAUGCCUAUUUAAUCUUUCCUCUUCUUGACAUCUAAGCUCAGGUAUCCUGGCACCUACCUCUUUGUCUUUGCUGCUCCGUAGGCCUAUAUGGUCCUUGCAGAUGGACUUUGCGUUGUGUUUGUGCCUGAGAGUUGUCACUUCACCAGUAGCUUCUGCCAUUUACAUUGACACUGGGAUAUAAUGUCAGCAUAUCUUAGCUGCCCCAUCUAGUGGGCCCCCAAUACCCAAUUCUAUUUGCCUUCAUUUUUGACUAUAGUUUGCAGCAGAAAGUUGUAGUAAAGUUUUCACAAGCAAAAGCUCAAACAAUGACCUAUUAAGCCCAGCACAUCUUGGUGGACUUGGCAGAAUUGAAACCACCAAAGUAUUCUAUGAAUUAUUAUUAUUGAACCCCAGUAAUUGAUGGCCAAGCUUAAUUUAGCAAAUAACCCGGCGGGUGACUGUCAUUAUUUGACCACCUGUUUCUUAUUCAGGAGUGAACUCACCAACCAGAAUCCUUGGUGUCAAAUAUGUUAAAAUGUUGGCUUAUUGGAAAAUUUAACGAAUGAACAAAAUACCCUUCAUUAAAUACCACUGUAAUUAAUAAUAACAAUUAACCACAGCACAUUGUAGUGUUAUAUUCCACGGAGGUUUAGGAUGUGAUCCUAUUAUUAUUGGCAUGUGUAUAGCUCUAACACAUUCUUCAGAUCUAUACGAUAUUAUAAAGGAGGGAAUUUAACAACAAACGAGACAAGCUUUUACAAUUUCCAAAGAAAUGAUCAUGUAGUAGGUGGGAUUUAAAAAUCCACAAUAAGAAGGGAGCCAGCUACAAAGUACAGGGUGGCAAAAUAGCAAACUGCAGGUACUGCUGAGCUAUCACUAAACCUGGAAUUUUGGAAAACUGACAAUAACAUUUCAAAUUUUAGGACAAUAUUAUUGACUGGUCACAAAUGCCAGUCUUAUACUUUGAAUGAUCUGUGUAAGACUUCUCCAUAAUUUAUAUUGUAUAAUCUGUGCCAGGCUCAGAUUUGGAAGGGUUUGCUUGUGCUGGCCACCCGUGCCAGCUCCUUUCUUCUCUAUUUGUGUACUCUGUGGCAUCUCUCAGCUUGAGUGAGUCAUAUUCUCUGUGUCACCUCCAUCUAAUGCCCACAUUAGUCUUGCCAUGUGCUGGGCCUGGAAUCGAGAGGGACCUUCGUGCCCUCUGUCAGACUUUAUUAACCAGAUUGUGACGCUUUAAUGCAAAGCUCUGGUUAUUGAGCCCUGAUGUGAACUUUUAAUUUCUGCUGAACAGAUGCAGGUCUAUAAGAUGGAGGCAGAUGGUGAGAGCAAAACAUUAAUUACGAAGAGAUAUAUUAAGCCUCUUACGCUGAAAACUUCCCGCAUAGAACCUUUAAAAGAUAAUUCCAGUAUAUGUCCACCUGUUAAACGAUCAUCUAGAUAAUAAGAAUGUAUUGCUCUCUCCUAGGUGGUAAAGGAGUGACACGCUCACAGAGCAUCAACCAUGACGUCUCCUCAACUCCACGACUCUCGCGUCAGGAGCAAAAGUCACGCCGACACACGUUGACCAAUGGCAUUGAUUACAACACGGUACUGAGCACUUCUACACACGUGGGUGGGAUCAUUUUGAUGGGGUAAAGGGUUAAGGUUAAGUGGAUCUGUCACUUCUUGGGAUGUUUAGUUAUCCCUGUACUGAAUAUGUGUUUGUGAGGGUGGAAAAAUAAAAUUAAAUGUAACAAUUCACAUCUCUUUAGCCUGCAACAUUUACAGAGAAUAGGAUAAAUUAAACAAUGUCUUGUCAAUUUCUUGUCUUCAUUUGUGGUGUGUGGCCUGACUUUGCCUGAACUGGUUUGGGAUGUAAUUUGCUAAAUAUUUAAUAUAAACUUAAAAGAAAGCACGUCGCACAAAAAAAAGGUUAACACCGGUUAUAAGUGAUUUUCCAUGUUUUAUUCAGUGCUCUGAAUUAGAGAGACAUGCCAGUCGUUGGUACUUGGGUAACAUGGUAACUGCUUGGCUGGAUUAAUCUGUUACAAGUGAUAGUUGUAGAAUGUGUGAGAAAUGCAUAUUGUUCAUAACUAUGUCUUCUCUGGUACUGGAUUUAAAUAUUCCACUCACUAUUGAUAUGACUACAGAAGACAUUUAUUCACAAACCCAAAUUAGCUAAUCAGUCUUUCUUUCCUGGCUCAUUCUUCAUUUUUUUUCUAUUUUUCAUCUCCUUCAUUUUACAAUGCGCCUACACUGUCUCCAUCUCGCACAGCUCACUUUACUCUAGUCCAAUUCCCACUUUCUCCUGAAUCUUCUAAUUAUUUUCUUUUAUUGUUUUUUAAGUCCUUUCCCACAUUCAUUGAAAUUGUAGGUACAAGGUGGGUGGGAAACAAGUUACAGUUUCACUGAAAGUUAUUGGCAGAAGAGGUAGGGUGAGAGAGAGAGACUGAGAAUGAGUGAGAGAGGGAUGGAGGGGUGGGGAGAGAGAAAGUGAGAGAAUGAAGGAGAGGUGGGAGACAGAAUGAGGGAGGAGUGGGAAAGAGCGAGAGAGAAUGAGUGAGAGAUGAGGGAGGGGUGGGAGUGAGAGUAUGAGUGACAGAUGAGGGAGGGUGCGGGAGAGAGAGAAUGAGUGAGAGAUUAGGGAGGGGUGGGAGAGAGAGAAUGAGUGAAAGAAUGAGGGAGUGUCAGUGCAGCUCGCAUACCUUCUCUAUUCACACAGGAUUGCCGUUUGAGAGCAAUAGGCAGGCAAGUCUGUGCGGCUAUCCCAAUCUGGAAGAAAGCAGGAAAAUCACAGAGAGGGCAAAUAUAGCAACAGGUGGGAGAUCAGGGGAAGGGAGACAGUGGAUGAAGAAAAGAGAAUUAGAGUGAAGAACGAAGAGAAGAUAAGUGGAAGAAGAGGUAGGAUCUCUAAGGUUAUCAGAGUUGGGAGAGAGUUACAGGGAUGAGAAGAGUGGACAUAAAGAGAGAAAAAAGAGAAUGCAGGGAGCAGUGAGAAUUAAACGUGUAAGUAGAGAGCUGACAGGAUAGGGGAUAGGGUGGGACAGAUAUUCAGGAAUAUAGACACCCAUACCUACAGCCCACAGCUAUAGAGAAGCAGGGAUUUAGAUAGGGUUAAAGAGAUACGUGGGGAGUGGACUGAGAUUGGACAGAGGGUGUACACAGGUACACAGACUGCCACACCUAUAGCUCCAGAACUGGGGAAUAUACACAGCUGCUGUGACAUAGCCACAUAUACAGCUCCAAGCCAGGUACUGGAACAUAGCACAAAAUAAGCAUUAUAUGCACAUGUAGCAUUCAAUAUGACAGUUCACACUAAUAUUAAUGUACAGAGAGAAUGUCACCAUCACAUAUAACCAGAUACCUGAAUAUGUGUACGUAUUAAUACUUGUUUCAUUAACUUUAGCAGUAUACACGGUAUAUAAUUAUACACACACCACACAGGCACAUCCCAGUCACUUAUGGUGGUUUUGUUAGCGCACACGCAGACACAUGCUCUCUAUGGCUGUACAAGCGUAUACUAUCCUCAUCCUCCCCCUGCGCAGCAGCCGAGGAGCCCUGACCUUCUACCUGUGGGUGAGUGUCUAUCGUCAGGAUUGGUUCAUGCUCUGAGAUGUCAUUGAUUUGAUGUAAAAGACUUCAUUCACUGAAUCAGGAAUUGAAGACGUGUCCGGUAAAUCCAUGUUUGUGGCCAAAAUAUUGAAACUGGAGAAAUAGCGGUGUUAGGGAGUGAUUACAGUUUGUAUAAUUUGUCUUAAACCUGAGCUAUUACUUCCCAUUAAGAGAUAACUAAAUAUAAUACGUAAAAAUAAUAAAAUAAGAAUGCCAAAUAAACUUGAUGUUAAAAAUAUGUUUAAUAUUAAGAAAUAUUGUAGUUACUUAUAUUUAAUGAAUAUGUAUUUGUCAGAUGUUAAAAAAUAAAUAAAAUAAGUUAAAUGUACAAUUCCACAUCUGGGGGGGGAAGGGGCCUCCCUCUUAGCUCACUGUCAAUCAUUGUUAUGAGCUCUGUCCUUUACACCUGCCAGUCAGCAGAGAGAGAGGAGGGGAAAUGAAUAUGAUGCAUUAUAUAUAAAUUAAAUAUUCUCCUUAUUUGCAAUGUGUGCCUUGGCUGUGCAUUGGCUGGAAUAUGAUGUAAUUUGCCAACUGUUUAACUAAAUUUCAAAUAAAAUUGAGCAUCAUGUGAAAAAAGGUUAUCAAAUUUUACAGGUGGUUUUCAAUGUUUUGUACAAUAGUGUAAUUUAAGAAGUGACAUAAAUUGCAAUAUCCUAAUCAGUUAUCCAUAAUUCUCCCUUUAAUGAAAACGCUGCUAUGUGUUCAUCUAAUGUGUCUUGAUUAACACCUGCUUUUGUGAUACUGUGAUACCUCUCUUCCUCUUUAGAUCACUGAUUUAUUCUCCCACCUCUGUGAUACAAUAUUAUCAAUAUUUACUGCCUUUGUCUAAACCUGAUCUAUUUUAUGCUAUAUGUCUCUCAUAUCAGACCUUUCUCCAGGUACAGGUGUAUCCUUUCCCCUUCUUUUCUAUCUUUCGUUCCUGAUCAAUCUCUCCUCUGCCUCUCCGAGAUCAGUUAAAUGUUCUAUAUAAUGUAUUUGGGAUAUUACAGCCUAUUUAUUUGACCUAUUGUGCAUUGCUAUACAUUUUUGCAAACCUGAGUAUUAAAUCUAAUUCUGAUCCCACUGGCAGUGCUUUGACUUGCAGUAUGUCAACAUCCCCUGUAUUUAAAAAAACAAAAACACUUUUACAUAUAGAUUAGAAAUCUGUGGCCAUGGCUAUAAUAAAAUGAAAUAGUCAAAGAUACAAAUUGUCAGCCCUGCUGUUUUAGGUUUCCCAGAGAUUGUUCUUCCCUGUGGUGCUGAAUUUUUCUUUUAUUUCUUUAUUACCAAACAAUAUAACACCGUAUCAGAGUUUUAUAUCAAUUUCCAUUGAGCUUCCACUAUGAUCCUGCACAUUUUUGUUCAUGUACACUCAUGGAAAUUUAAAGUGUAUAAGUACAGCGAGCCCCCCCUUCCUCCUUUCACAACUGUACACUGUCAUAGAACCUUACAGUGUAACAUGAGAUAAAUACAGCACUGCUCCCCCAUACUGCUCCUAUACACAAUCAUAGAACCUUACAGUGUAACAUGAGAUAAAUACAGCACUGCUCCCCCCAUACUGCUCCUAUACACAGUCAUAGAACCUUACAUUGUAACAUGAGAUAAAUACAGCACUGCUCCCCCAUACUGCCCCUAUACACAGUCAUAGAACCUUACAUUGUAACAUGAGAUAAAUACAGCACUGCUCCCCCAUACUGCUCCUAUACACAGUCAUAGAACCUUACAUUGUAACAUGAGAUAAAUACAGCACUGCUCCCGCCAUACUGCUCCUAUACACAGUCAUAGAACCUUACAGUGUAACAUGGGAUAAAUACAGCACGGCUCCCCCCAUACUGCUCCUAUACACAGUCAUAGAACCUUACAUUGUAACAUGAGAUAAAUACAGCACUGCUCCCCCAUACUGCUCCUAUACACUGUCAUAGAACCUUACAGUGUAACAUGAGAUAAAUACAGCACUGCUCCCCCCAUACACAGUCAUAGAACCUUACAUUGUAACAUGAGAUAAAUACAGCACUGCUCCCCUAUACUGCUCCUAUACACAGUCAUAGAACCUUACAGUGUAACAUGAGAUAAAUACAGCACUGCUCCCCCAUACUGCUCCUAUACACAGUCAUAGAACCUUACAGUGUAACAUGAGAUAAAUACAGCGUGGCUCCCCCAUACUGCUCCUAUACACAGUCAUAGAACCUUACAUUGUAACAUGAGAUAAAUACAGCACUGCUUCUGCCAUACUGCUCCUAUACACAGUCAUAGAACCUUACAUUGUAACAUGAGAUAAAUACAUACUGCUCCUAUACACAGUCAUAGAACCUUACAGUGUAACAUGAGAUAAAUACAGCACUGCUCCCGCCAUACUGCUCCUAUACACAGUCAUAGAACCUUACAUUGUAACAUGAGAUAAAUACAGCACUGCUCCCGCCAUACUGCUCCUAUACACAGUCAUAGAACCUUACAGUGUAACAUGGGAUAAAUACAGCACUGCUCCCCCAUACUGCUCCUAUACACAGUCAUAGAACCUACAUUGUAACAUGAGAUAAAUACAGCACUGCUCCCCAACACUGCUCCUAUACACAGUCAUAGAACCUACAUUGUAACAUGAGAUAAAUACAGCACUGCUCCCCCAUACUGCUCCUAUACACAGUCAUAGAACCUUACAGUGUAACAUGAGAUAAAUACAGCACUGCUCCCCCCAUACUGCUCCUAUACACAGUCAUAGAACCUUACAUUGUAACAUGAGAUAAAUACAGCACGGCUCCCCAUACUGCCCCUAUACAGUCAUAGAACUUACAUGUAACAUGGGAUAAAUACAGCACUGCUCCCCCCAUACUGCUCCUAUACACAGUCAUAGAACCUUACAUUGUAACAUGAGAUAAAUACAGCACUGCUCCCCCAUACUGCUCCUAUACACAGUCAUAGAACCUUACAGUGUAACAUGAGAUAAAUACAGCACUGCUCCCCCAUACUGCUCCUAUACACAGUCAUAGAACCUUACAUUGUAACAUGAGAUAAAUACAGCACGGCUCCCCCCAUACUGCUCCUAUACACAGUCAUAGAACCUUACAUUGUAACAUGAGAUAAAUACAGCACUGCUCCCCCAUACUGCUCCUAUACACAGUCAUAGAACCUUACAGUGUAACAUGGGAUAAAUACAGCACGGCUCCCCCAUACUGCUCCUAUACACAGUCAUAGAACCUUACAUUGUAACAUGAGAUAAAUACAGCACUGCUCCCCCAUACUGCUCCUAUACACAGUCAUAGAACCUUACAGUGUAACAUGAGAUAAAUACAGCACUGCUCCCCCAUACUGCUCCUAUACACAGUCAUAGAACCUUACAUUGUAACAUGAGAUAAAUACAGCACUGCUCCCCCCAUACUGCUCCUAUACACAGUCAUAGAACCUUACAUUGUAACAUGAGAUAAAUACAGCACUGCUCCCCCAUACUGCUCCUAUACACUGUCAUAGAACCUUACAGUGUAACAUGAGAUAAAUACAGCACUGCUCCCCCCAUACACAGUCAUAGAACCUUACAUUGUAACAUGAGAUAAAUACAGCACUGCUCCCCUAUACUGCUCCUAUACACAGUCAUAGAACCUUACAGUGUAACAUGAGAUAAAUACAGCACUGCUCCCCCAUACUGCUCCUAUACACAGUCAUAGAACCUUACAGUGUAACAUGAGAUAAAUACAGCGUGGCUCCCCCAUACUGCUCCUAUACACAGUCAUAGAACCUUACAUUGUAACAUGAGAUAAAUACAGCACUGCUUCUGCCAUACUGCUCCUAUACACUGUCAUAGAACCUUACAUGUAACAUGAGAUAAAUACAGCACUGCUCCCCCCAUACACAGUCAUAGAACCUUACAUUGUAACAUGAGAUAAAUACAGCACUGCUCCCCUAUACUGCUCCUAUACACAGUCAUAGAACCUUACAGUGUAACAUGAGAUAAAUACAGCACUGCUCCCCCAUACUGCUCCUAUACACAGUCAUAGAACCUUACAGUGUAACAUGAGAUAAAUACAGCGUGGCUCCCCCAUACUGCUCCUAUACACAGUCAUAGAACCUUACAUUGUAACAUGAGAUAAAUACAGCACUGCUUCUGCCAUACUGCUCCUAUACACAGUCAUAGAACCUUACAUUGUAACAUGAGAUAAAUACAUACUGCUCCUAUACACAGUCAUAGAACCUUACAGUGUAACAUGAGAUAAAUACAGCACUGCUCCCGCCAUACUGCUCCUAUACACAGUCAUAGAACCUUACAUUGUAACAUGAGAUAAAUACAGCACUGCUCCCGCCAUACUGCUCCUAUACACUGUCAUAGAACCUUACAUUGUAACAUGAGAUAAAUACAGCACUGCUCCCGCCAUACUGCUCCUAUACACUGUCAUAGAACCUUACAUUGUAACAUGAGAUAAAUACAGCACUGCUCCCCCCAUACUGCUCCUAUACACAGUCAUAGAACCUUACAGUGUAACAUGAGAUAAAUACAGCACAGCUCCACCCAUACUGCUCCUAUACACAGUCAUAGAACCUUACAGUGUAACAUGAGAUAAAUACAGCACUGCUCCCCCAUACUGCUCUUAUACACAGUCAUAGAACCUUACAUUGUAACAUGAGAUAAAUACAGCACGUCUCCCCAGGGCCAGAUUAAGAGCCCAGUGGGCCUGGUGCUGACAAUUAUGACGGGCCUAAUUACAGAAUCAUAUCGACCAAAAACAGUAAAACACUCCCAAGCACCAUGUAUCUGAUGGAGAUGGUGCUGUAGAGAAAGAAAACAGCAGCUAUAAGAAAACACAUACCCUAGGCUAAUCUCUCUCUAAUUUAUGUUUUCAUCUUUCAAGUAAAUCCAUAACCCCUAACAGCAGUGUCCAGUCAAGCAGGAAGUCAAUGGGCAUGGUAAAAAGGGUGUGCCACUGACACAAAUCAAAUAACCUGCCAAAAGGGGCGAACAUGCCCAAAAAGAGGACAUGUCUGCUCAAAGAAUUAGAAGGCCAGCCUGGCAUGAAUGCAUGUCAGGCUGCCUGCCAAUCAUGCAGCUGGCCAACUAAGGGCAUACUAUGCAGACAGCACCCUGAGCUUGGCAUAAAUGUAUCUAAUGAUACGCUCACUCAACGCUUUCUAAGGACUGUCCCCUAGCACUCGCUGGUCCACUUGUCUCCUUACCUUCUUACUAGCAGGCAGAAGCUCCUGGUAUAUGGUCUGGGACAGAGAAAAGCCUGUAUGUAGUGAGUGUAGAAGAAAGGGAACAUGCCACAGUGUUAGAGAGACCAAAGUCAGCAUUACCUUAAAGGAUCACUAUAGGGUCAGGAACACAAACAUGAAUUCCUGACCCUAUAUUGUUAACACCACCAUCUAGCCCCCCUGGGCCCAUCAUGCCUCCAUAAAUAUAGCAAAAUCCUACUAUAUUCAAGCUUGAAGCUGUGACUCUGCAUGCUGUUAGACUGAAUAAAAACAAGCAGUCUGCUGACAUCAUUAGAAGUGGUGGCCUGAUCCAAUCACAGUGCUUCCCCAUAGGUUUGGCUGAGACUGACAAAGAGGCAGAUCAGGGUCAGAGCCAGCAUGAUUCAAACACAGCCCUGGCCAAUCAGCAUCUCCUUACAUAGAUGAAUUUAAUUAAUGAAUCUCUAUGAGGAAAGUUCAGUGUCUGCAUGCAGAGGGAGGAGACACUGAAUGUUUGGAUGCAUUUUAGGCAGCCAUGACCCAGGCAGGAUCUCUAACAGUCAUCUAAGGAGUGGCCAGUUAAGUUAUCACUAGGAUGUAAUGUAAACACAGCAUGUUCUCUGAAAAGACCGUGCUUACAGCAAAAAGCCUGAUGGUAAUGAUUCUACUCACCAGAACAAAUUCAAUAAGCUGUAGUUGUUCUGGUGACUAUAGUGUUCCUUUAACUAUAUUCAUUGUCAGCCAGUCCACACAAGUUUUGUUCCCAUACAUCCCUCUUAAGUUUCCAUACUUAAGUAAGAGUAUGUGAAAAGUAGUUAGGGUUGCCACCUUUCUUGGAAAAACAUACCGGCCUUACUAAUUUGCAUAAUUAAAUAUGUGUGGGUGACAUCACAUGAUGUAAAUCACAAGGAGUGACAUAAGAGAAAAUGCUGUAAAAUCACCAAAAAACUACUUAGUUUAAAUUUGCUGUAUAGAUGGAUUCCUCUCAGUGCCCCCAUGUCUCCCAGUGCCCCCAUGUGUCGAUUACUCCAGGUCUCAGUGUUCCUAUGUAUCAGUGUCUCAGUGCCCCAUGUCUCCCAGUGUCCCCUAGUGUCGUGUCCCCAGGUCUCCCAGUGAUCCUAUGUAUCAGUGUCUUAAUGCCCCAUGUCUCCCUGUGUCCCCAUGUAUCCCAGGGUCCCCAUGUCACUAGGACACUAGGAAGACGGGGAGACCUGGGGACACGGGGAGACCUAGGGACACGGAGACACCAGUGACACUGAGAGUCUAGGGGACUCUGGCUGGGACACAUGGGGACAAUGGGAAAAUAGGGGACACUUGAAGACAUGGGGACACAGACACCAGGGACAAAGAUACUAGAGACACUGGCUGGGGGACAUUGAGACAUGGGGGCACUGGGAGACAUGGGGACACUGAGACACCAGGGCCACAGACACUAGGGACACUAGCUUGGGGACAUUGUGACACUUGAGGGACUGAGAGACAUGGAGGCACUAGGAGACAUGGGGACAGUGAGACACUGGCACUGAGACUAGGGGGCACUGAGACACCAGGGACACUGGCUGGUAGACAUGGGGACACUGUGUCCCCAUGUGUCUGUGCCAUAAUGUCUCCCAAUGUCCCUUAGUGUCUCAGUGUCUGCCAUAAUGUCUCCCAAUGUCCCUUAGUGUCUCAGUGUCUGCCAUAAUAUCUCCCAAUGUCCCUUAGUGUCUCAGUGUCUGCCAUAAUGUCUCCCAAUGUCCCUUAGUGUCUCAGUGUCUGUGUGAUAAUGUCUCCCAGUGUCCCUUAGUGUCUCAGUGUCUGCCAUAAUGUCUCCCAAUGUCCCUUAGUGUCUCAGUGUCUGCCAUAAUGUCUCCCAAUGUCCCUUAGUGUCUCAGUGCCUGCCAUAAUGUCUCCCAGUGUCCCUUAGUGUCUCAGUGCCUGCCAUAAUGUCUCCCAGUGUCCCUUAGUGUCUCAGUGUCUGCCACAAUGUCUCCCAGUGUCCCUUAGUGUCUCAGUGUCUGCCAUAAUGUCUCCCAAUGUCCCUUAGUGUCUCAGUGUCUGCCAUAAUGUCUCCCAAUGUCCCCUAGUGUUUCAGUGUCUGCCAUAAUGUAUCCCAGUGCCCCUUAGUGUCUCAGUGUCUGCCAUAAUGUUUCCCAGUCUCCCUUAGUGUCUCAGUAUCUGCCAUAAUGUAUCCCAGUGCCCCUUAGUGUCUCAGUGUCUGCCAUAAUGUCUCCCAGUGUCCCUUAGUGUCUCAGUAUCUGCCAUAAUGUCUCCCAAUGUCCCUUAGUGUCUCAGUGUCUGACAUAAUGUCUCCCAGUGUCCCUUAGUGUCUCAGUAUCUGCCAUAAUGUCUCCCAAUGUCCCUUAGUGUCUCAGUGUAUGUCUCCUUGCAGCCUUUCCCCCAUCCCUCACUUCCCUGAGCUGUAGGCUGUCUCUGCAGGGUGGGAGUUGCUGUCUGGACUCUCUGUAGCUGCACCCCUGCAGAUCAGUGAGCAUAGAUAGGCAGGGAGGGAUAUGCUGGAACUUCCUAUCCCUGCCUGUCUCCACAUACAGCGACCCCUACUGGCCAGUGCUGGUAUUGCAGAGUAAUCUCUGGUUAUUCUGAGAAAAAUACCAGCAUUUGUAUUGCCAGUAUCACUGCAAUAUUGGCACCAGCCAGGCAGCCUCAAAUACUGUCUGUGCCAAUAAAAUAAAAGCCAGGUGGAAUCCUUAAGAGUAGUGUGUGUAAAAAAAUUUUUACAUUUUUUUUUUUUAAAUCAAUGGGCCUAUUCCCUGGGCCUGGGCCUGGAGCUGCAGCUCCAUCAGCCCCUAUGUUAAUCCGGCCCUGCGUCUCCCCCAUACUGCUCCUAUACACAGUCAUAGAACCUUACAUUGUAACAUGAGAUAAAUACAGCACGUCUCCCCCAUACUGCUCCUAUACACAGUCAUAGAACCUUACAUUGUAACAUGAGAUAAAUACAGCACUGCUCCCGCCAUACUGCUCCUAUACACAGUCAUAGAACCUUACAGUGUAACAUGGGAUAAAUACAGCACUGCUCCCCCAUACUGCUCCUAUACACAGUCAUAGAACCUUACAUUGUAACAUGAGAUAAAUACAGCACGGCUCCCACCACACUGCUCCUAUACACAGUCAUAGAACCUUACAGUGUAACAUGAGAUAAAUACAGCACUGCUCCCCCAUACUGCUCCUAUACACAGUCAUAGAACCUUACAGUGUAACAUGAGAUAAAUACAGCACGGCUCCCCCCAUACUGCUCCUAUACACAGUCAUAGAACCUUACAGUGUAACAUGAGAUAAAUACAGCGUGGCUCCCCCAUACUUCUCCUAUACACAGUCAUAGAACCUUACAUUGUAACAUGAGAUAAAUACAGCACUGCUCCCCCAUACUGCACCUAUACACAGUCAUAGAACCUUACAUUGUAACAUGAGAUAAAUACAGCACUGCUCCCCCAUACUGCACCUAUACACAGUCAUAGAACCUUACAUUGUAACAUGAGAUAAAUACAGCACUGCUCCCCGCCAUACUGCUCCUAUACAGUCAUAGAACCUAAGUACAGUGUAACACAUGAGAUAAAUACAGCACGCUCCCCAUACUGCCUCUAUACACAGUCAUAGAACCUUACAGUGUAAAUAUGAGAUAAAUACAGCGCGGGUUCCCCAUACUUCCUAUAUACAGUCAUAGAACUCAUACAUUGUAACAUGAGAUAAAUACAGCACGUGUUCCCCAUACUGCUCCUAUACACAGUCAUAGAACCUACAGUGUAAAUAUUUUAUGAUAAAUAUGUUAACGCCUCCCAUACUGCUCCUAAGGCCAUCAUAGAACCUUACAGUGUAACAUGAGAUAAAUACAGCACUGCUCCCCCAUACUGCUCCUAUACACAGUCAUAGAACCUUACAGUGUAACAUGAGAUAAAUAUAGCACUGCUCCCCCAUACUGCUCCUAUACACUGUCAUAGAACCUUACAUUGUAACAUGAGAUAAAUACAGCACUGCUCCCCCCAUACUGCUCCUAUACACAGUCAUAGAACCUUACAGUGUAACAUGAGAUAAAUACAGCACAGCUCCCCCCAUACUGCUCCUAUACACCGUCAUAGAACCUUACAGUGUAACAUGAGAUAAAUACAGCACUGCUCCCCCAUACUGCUCCUAUACACAGUCAUAGAACCUUACAGUGUAACAUGAGAUAAAUACAGCACGGCUCCCCCAUACUGCUCCAAUACACAGUCAUAGAACCUUACAGUGUAACAUGAGAUAAAUACAGCACGGCUCCCCCAUACUGCUCCUAUACACAGUCAUAGAAUCUUACAGUGUAACAUGAGAUAAAUACAGCACGGCUCCCCCAUACUGCUCCUAUACACAGUCAUAGAACCUUACAUUGUAACAUGAGAUAAAUACAGCACUGCUCCCCCAUACUGCUCCUAUACACAGUCAUAGAACCUUACAUUGUAACAUGAGAUAAAUACAGCACGGCUCCCGCCAUACUGCUCCUAUACACAGUCAUAGAACCUUACAUUGUAACAUGAGAUAAAUACAGCACUGCUUCUGCCAUACUGCUCCUAUACACAGUCAUAGAACCUUACAUUGUAACAUGAGAUAAAUACAGCACUGCUCCCCCCAUACUGCUCCUAUACACAGUCAUAGAACCUUACAUUGUAACAUGAGAUAAAUACAGCACUGCUCCCGCCAUACUGCUCCUAUACACAGUCAUAGAACCUUACAUUGUAACAUGAGAUAAAUACAGCACUGCUCCCCCAUACUGCUCCUAUACACAGUCAUAGAACCUUACAGUGUAACAUGAGAUAAAUACAGCACUGCUCCCCCAUACUGCUCCUAUACACAGUCAUAGAACCUUACAUUGUAACAUGAGAUAAAUACAGCACUUCUCCCCCAUACUGCUCCUAUACACAGUCAUAGAACCUUACAUUGUAACAUGAGAUAAAUACAGCACUGCUCCCCAUACUGCUCCUAUACACAGUCAUAGAACCUUACAUUGUAACAUGAGAUAAAUACAGCACUGCUCCCCCAUACUGCUCCUAUACACAGUCAUAGAACCUUACAGUGUAACAUGACAUUUCGAGAUAAGGACAGCAUGGCCCAUCUAAUCUUCUUAUUCUCUUUCUGCCUUAAAACCCCUCAAUUGAUCCUUGGCUUUUAAAUGUUCACCCUUUGCUUAACUCGGUUUAUACGACAGAUGAGUUGGUGAAGGAUGGUUUUACGGUCAUGUUGUCUGUGCUGUCAGCGCUGCAUUAUAUUCCAGGGUUUACAGUUUGUAAUUUCAUAAUGGCUUAUUCACUAAACAGUGAAUUCCCGUCAGUUGAAAAUCGCAUUGCAGAAUUCAUGCUAAUUCAUUCAUAGAAUUAGAGUUAGAAUUUUUCUUAAGUCUGUUAAUAUGGACCCAAUUUUGCUAUUUGAUUUUCACUUGUCUGAAAGUCACUAUUUAGUGAAUAGAUCCGAUGAUGUUUCUUUGCUCAUAAAUCUACAUACAGACCAUUUGUCUGGCAUGCUCGGAGGCAGAAACGUGAGAUUUCUGUAGAUUUUAUACUCACAUCAAUCUCUGCAUUUGUUUCAGUAUUUUUAAGGAGAAAAAACUGAGCUCUCCCUUCCCCUACAACCCAGUCAAUCUUCUCCACCUUAACUAUAUCAGGGAAAUAUUCCCCUACAAGGCAUCUGCCAUGAUCUACUGAUAAGUUGCGUUUGGCUUUCUCGUUUUCAUCAUUCUGGUAGCAGCUUUAAUUAAUGCUGUGUACUGCCAAGGCGAUUCAUUCACAUAUCUCUUGGGUCGUACCAUAGAGCCUUUCUUUAUUAUUCUCAUACCAGAAGGAUUGAGUUUCACAAGGUAACACCAGGUUUCAAAGCCUGGACAAGUUUAACUUCGUGUUAUGACAUUUGAUAGGGAGAAAAGAUGCCAAAACUCCGGAGUUUCCACAGAGAUGCAUAACACUGUGGUCAAAUAAUAUGGAACUGUGAAGGGCAAAUCUGAAGGCAGCUCUUUAACUAUGUUUGCUUUCUGAAGUGGUUACUAAAUACGUCUCAUUUUACAACCUUCCUGGAGUAUCUGCUUUAACAGUGUGGGCCAAAACUCCUAGUAGGGUUUGAGCAAUCAAUAACUUUUUUAAUAAUGAACCAAUUUCAAUUAUAUUACAUACAACGAAUGGUUAACAUAUGGAGAUUUGUUUGACUAGGUACAGAAAAUGACAUCUUUUAAAUGAGCUCCAGCUGCCGCUUGGCAGUGUCGGGCUCUUUCGAUUGCAUUAUUCAUAACAUUAGUUAAUGUUUGAGGCUCUAGAGAUCUUUUCUGCACAGAUAUUCGCCUUGACUUGCUCAAAUGUACGCAGUUUGUUCACAUACACCAGCUACUUCGGAUAUCCUCACAGGAAGUAAUUGGGAGCUGAAAGGUCAGGCGGAUGUGGUGACAAAUUAAUCUAGGAAUUUAUUUAAAUGAUCUGCUUGACAAACAGUUGUCUCAAUUUUGAAAAUUAAAAUUCCACUAUUUUUACUUUUUGCUCCUUUGUGAAAUUACCCAUGAUGAAUCUCUGAAGACUAUAAUAAGUACCUGCAAUAACAAAAAAAAAACGAAAAAAAACAAACAAAAAAAAAAAAACUUAUUUACCUGUCCAAUCCUACUCUGAAUUCUGGCCCAACCUGUACCUCUGCAAAAGCCAGGUCUUUUAUUCUUACAUGGCUGGUUAACCAUGGUUAGCUCUACCCAAUCCACUUUUAUUUUAUUUUUAUGUUUUGGUAGCAGGUUAUGUGUCUGCCAGCUCGCCUGUCUGUCCGUCGUAUCUAUCCAUCUAUCUAGAAAAGACACGUAAGAGGGAAUGGUGUAUUGUGUGACAACAGACCCAUUGUGGGGUUUUGGAGACACCGUAAACCAUGGUACUAAGAUUGGAUCUCCAGAACCUCACAGUGGCUGACAGCUUUGCUAUUUACCUACUCACCUUAAUUUCCUUAAUGUACAUUUAGAUUAUUUAUUUAGGUUUCAUCACCUAUAGUUUCAACAAAUAAAAUCAGACAAGGGCUCGGAGAAUUUGUUUUAGGAAAGCUAAGCUCUAUGUCUAACACUCUCUGUCCCUUUAAACCUGUUUUAUAUAGAGGCAGUGGUUUGCAAACUCACUACAGAUUACAUCCGCCCUUGUUUAAAAACCUGAAUGGAAGCUAUUGUCACGUUUUCAUCCGCUUAUAAAAAAUGUGGUUAAUGACAUUUACUGUCCACACAGGAAAAGUUGAGCCCAGCAGCAACCUAAUCCACAGAAGGGUUAAUGUUGAGCAGAAAUUAUGUAAAUGAAACCUGGUAACUGACUUUGGGGUCAAAGGCCGGUUACAGCCUAUCAGAACUAAAGGAGGAGUAUUUAGGCCCAGUUCUCAGCCUGCUCAGUGCCCUGUCGUGGUUUCCCUUGUGGUUGUCCGAGAGCGCGUUCCUGUUUAUAGUUUUCUACCUGUUUUUUUACUUUGGCUUUGCUUAUUGACUUCUCUAUAUUCUGGUAUCCUGACUCCUGGCUUUCCUCAUCGCCGCGUCCCUUUCUGUGUUCCCUGACCUCGGCUAGUAUUUUUGACUAUUCUAUGUACGUUAAAUCCGGCCAUUCUAAGGACUGGUAAUACGUUACUUAUUUGUAAUCCAUGCUAUACAGUUCUACGUGCUGGAUUAAACAGUAAUCCUGACAGCUAUACAGGAAGUGACGGGAAUCCUGCAGCUAUAUUUAUUAAUUUGAUGAGGAGCAUCCAGCAUCUUUACCGCCAAGAUCGUCUGAGACCAGCCACCCAGACAGCUGCUGCAAUAAUCAGUUUGCAUAACUAAAGAAUUUCUGCCCAGGCUGUCAGAAACCAUCUCAGGGAAGCUCAUCUGCAUGCUCGUCGUCCUCAGAUGCUGGAUGUGGAGGUCCUGGGCUGGUGUGGUUACACGUGGUCUGCGGUUGGGAGGCCAGUUGGAUGUACUGCCAAAUUCUCUGAAAUGCCUUUGGAGACGGCUUAUGGUAGAGAAAUGAACAUUCAACUCACAGGCAACAGCUCUGGUGGACAUUCCUGCAGUCAGCAUGCCAAUUGCACACUGCCUCAAAACUUGCGACAUCUGUGGCAUUGUGCGGUGUGAUAAAACUGCACAUUUUAGAGUGGCCUUUUAUUGUGGCCAGCCUAAGGCACACCUGUGCAAUAAUCAUGCUGUCUAAUCAGCAUCUUGAUAUGCCACACCUGUGAGGUGGAUGGAUUAUCUCAGCAAAGGAGAAGUGCUCACUAACACAGAGUUAGACAGAUUUGUGAACAAUAUUUGAGACAAAUAGGCCUUUUGUGUACAUAAAAAAAAUCUAAAAUCUUUGAGUUCAGCUCAUGAAAAAUGGUAGCAAAAACAAGUGUUGCGUUUCUAAUUUUGUACAGUAUAAUAAUGCUGAACAGUUCUUUUUGUAUCAGGGUAUUUCGCAGUGGUUUCUGCUCCAUAUUGGGCUUUUCUUUGUAUUUCUUUCUUUGUUAGAUGUGUUAUAUUUGCUGUGAUUGAUGGGUUUGCAUGUAAUAUUUAGGUUGCAUGUUACAACGCAGGGGAAUGCACGCUGCAAGGCGUAUUCUUAGGAAUACCAGAGUCAUUUAGGGUUUUAUACUAAUAACAUCUUUCCUGACACUAAAAUGGAUUUUUUUUUAAACUUGUGCUUCCCAUGGCUGUGUGUAUACUACAUACAUGUCUGAAUAGGCUUAAGAAGUAUGAAAUGUGAUACAGGAUAGCUAGCACACGCUACUAAGAUAUAGUGUAACAUUUUAGUGUUCUCAACUGUUUUAAAAACAUUUCAUAUGUUUGAUGCAACAAGCUUCUCAAUCCACAUAAUAGUGUAAAACUAUAUCCGCUCUGUAUCUGUAUCCGCCUGAAGUUCCAUAUUUCUGUAUCUAUUAACUCCCAUCCUACCUCUCAUCUCUCUAGUUUGUCCUUCCCGGAGUCAGAGCAGGAGGGAGUGCACACAUUUUGUAUGAGUUAGCUUUUCCCCAUCAUUCCUCCUGCUUCUGAUUUCUCAUGGCAAAAAAAAACAAAACGGUUUUGUGGAUCAUUUCUUUUUCUGUAAUAAAUCCUGUGAAUUGGGAGAUUGUGAUACUUUCUUUAUGUGUCAAAAAUGAGGGGAACAAUAUUUCCAGACAUUCGAGGUAUAUUAUGACUUGUAUCACCUCGUGUCAGAUAAGGAGAGGUGGAUUGUCUGUAUAAUAGAUCGUACACCUAUUUGGUCAUUUAUUAUUUCAGUUUAUUUUACAAUUUUUUUAAAAUAAAUAUUCAAUACAUCACCACUGAUUUAUCAUUUACAUAUGCACUAUUUGUGUAUAUAUAUAUUAUUACAUUUACUACCUUGCUAGUGCUGGGCAUUUUCCUAUAAAAUGCUUGGUAAAUGGUAAAUAAUAGUAUUAAUAUCCCAAACAAAAUUGCUGCCUUUUUGUGUCUAGUACCUAGUUCGAAUAUCCAAUGUCUGUGAUUUUAUUAUUAAAUGUGAUACAUCUCCCCUCUCUUUGGCAUAACACAUAUUUGAAUGCCCUGAAACUGAGAGAGAGAGGGGACCCCCACUACCUGCCCAGAAGUGCCUGGCUGCCGAUGAUUCUUGUUUGUUUCUGUUAAUAUUAGAAAUAUGUUUUCAAAUUAUUUCUCUGAGUUCCCUAACAGUCAUCCUACAUAUUAAGCCUGGCAUGGCUGGUAAAUAAAGACUAAACCACAUUACUUGUUCUGCAGUUAAUAAUCUGCUGUAUAUUAGAAGAUUUCAUUUGUGCAGUAGAAUGAAAAAUUGUGCCCUUCAGUGUAAAGGGUUUUUCAGCCUCCUCUACAUUUAUUCAUGUCCUUGAAACGUAACCAAGAGGGAUUACAAGACGCAUCCUUCCAAGAGACCAAGCUACAGGCUACAAGUGAAGCCAAAGUGCUGUGCUCUUUAAUUAACCGCACAGUACAUCGGCAUAACCUUUGUCCAAUCGUAGAACUGGAAGACACUUUUGUGAAGUAUUCAUUAUCUCAAAUUCCUCACUGAACUGAGAACAAAAUUCAGGACCUUGUCCUUCAGUGGAAUGAAUACAUUGUGUUCUAUUUGUUUCAUAGAUUCCCCUCUUAACAGAGUCCCUCAUCUUACUCCUGGCUACAUUAUAGCCUCUCCAGAUAUCUCUCAUCUUAUUACCAAUAUUCCACAUGUGCUGUUUAGGAAAUGUUGCAUUACUAUCCCAUUACAUCACAUGUAUGUUAAUUCCCACCAGCCUAUAAAUUAGAGUUCCAACAGUGACUGUCUUUUUUUCUAACCUCUGCACUUAGGAAGCGCAAAGGUCAAAAAUCAGAACUGGCUUGUGUUUUUUUUUUAUUUUUUUUAUCCUGCGAGUUAGAUUGUUAAAUUGCCCGAGAGCCUGGGGAGCAGGAGCUUUGACAAAUGUCAGGAUUAUUCACCAAACUCCAAAUCCUAGCAUUUAUCACCAGAAUUAAAUGUAUUUUUUUUUUUAAAGCUACAGGGACAGAGUAUUUUCACCAUAACCACUUCCGAGAGAUGACAAUUUGAACCCCACAGAUGGAUAUUGCCAAAGAGCAUAUACUCAACUGUAGCGACCAGGCCAACUGUGGGUGAAAGGUAGAUUAAAAUGGAGACAUUCUCUUUCAUCUAACCAUUACUAUUGUUAUGAUUAGCAUUUAUAAAGCGCUACCAUACUAUGCAGCACUUUCUAAUUAUAGAAUGGGGAUAUUUGACAACAAAUAAUUGCAUACAGAAUAUAGUAGCCAAGAGCUGAUGCAGGCCAUGCUCACACAGGCUUACAAUACAUUACUCUUUAUUACAGUUACGUCGUAUGAAAGAAUUGGAGCAAGAACGAGAUGCCCUUCUAGAUGGUAUUCAGCUUGUGGAGCGAACACGGAAUUGGUACAUGGAAAGACUUCAUGAGGCGGACCAGCAGAGGGAGCUAGAGUGCAGUGCGGUAAUACAGACACAACCAAUCCUAUUUAUACUGCCACCUACAGACCAGCAGGGGGAGCUAGAGUACAGUUUCGUAAUACAGACACAACCAAUCCUAUUUAUACUACCACCUACAGACCAGCAAGGGGAGCUAGAGUACAGUGUGGUAAUACAGACACAACCAAUCCUAUUUAUACUACCACCUACAGACCAGCAGAGGGAGCUAGAGUGCAGUGCGGUAAUACAGACACAACCAAUCCUAUUUAUACUACCACCUACAGACCAGCAGAGGGAGCUAGAGUGCAGUGCAGUAAUAGACACAACCUAUCCUAUUUAUACUACCACCUACAGACCAGCAGAGGGAGUUAGAAUGCAGUGCGGUAAUAGACACAACCUAUCCUAUUUAUACUACCACCUACAGACCAGCAGAGGGAGUUAGAAUGCAGUGUGGUCAUACAGAUACAACCUAUCCUAUUUAUACUGCCACCUACAGACCAGCAGAGGGAGCCAGUGUACAGUGCGGUAAUACAGACAACCUAUCCUAUUUAUUCUACCACCUACAGACCAGCAGAGGGAGCUAGAGUGCAGUGCGUUAAUACAGACACAACCAAUCCUAUUUAUACUACCACCUACAGACCAGCAGAGGGAGCUAGAGUGCAGUGCGGUAAUAGACACAACCUAUCCUAUUUAUACUGCCACCUACAGACCAGCAGGGGGAGCUAGAGUACAGUUUCGUAAUACAGACACAACCAAUCCUAUUUAUCCUACCACCUACAGACCAGCAAGGGGAGCUAGAGUACAGUUUGGUAAUACAGACACAACCAAUCCUAUUUAUACUGCCACCUACAGAGCAGCAGAGGGAGCUAGAGUACAGUGCGGUAAUACAGACACAACCUAUCCUAUUUAUACUGCCACCUACAGACCAGCAGAGGGAGCUAGAGUACAGUGUGGUAAUAGACACAGCCAAUCCUAUUUAUACUACCACCUACAGACCAGCAAGGGGAGCUAGAGUACAGUUUGGUAAUACAGACACAACCAAUCCUAUUUAUACUGCCACCUACAGACCAGCAGAGGGAGCUAGAGUGCAGUGCGGUAAUAGACACAACCUAUCCUAUUUAUACUACCACCUACAGACCAGCAGAGGGAGCUAGAGUGCAGUGCGGUAAUACAGACACAACCUAUCCUAUUUAUACUACCACCUACAGACCAGCAGAGGGAGCUAGAGUGCAGUGCGGUAAUAGACACAACCUAUCCUAUUUAUACUACCACCUACAGACCUGCAGAGGGAGCUAGAGUGCAGUGCGGUAAUACAGACAACCUAUCCUAUUUAUACUACCACCUACAGACCUGCAGAGGGAACUAGAGUGCAGUGCGGUAAUAGACACAACCCAUCCUAUUUAUACUGCCACCUACAGACCAGCAGAGGGAGCUAGAGUGCAGUGCGGUAAUACAGACAACCUAUCCUAUUUAUACUGCCACCUACAGACCAGCAGAGGGAGCUAGAGUGCAGUGCGGUAAUACAGACAACCUAUCCUAUUUAUACUGCCACCUACAGACCAGCAGAGGGAGCUAGAGUACAGUGCGGUAAUACAGACACAACCUAUCCUAUUUAUACUGCCACCUACAGACCAGCAGAGGGAGCUAGAGUACAGUUUGGUAAUACAGACACAACCAAUCCUAUUUAUACUGCCACCUACAGACCAGCAGAGGGAGCUAGAGUGCAGUGCGGUAAUAGACACAACCUAUCCUAUUUAUACUACCACCUACAGACCAGCAGAGGGAGUUAGAAUGCAGUGCGGUAAUAGACACAACCUAUCCUAUUUAUACUACCACCUACAGACCAGCAGAGGGAGCUAGAGUGCAGUGCGGUAAUACAGACACAACCUAUCCUAUUUAUACUACCACCUACAGACCUGCAGAGGGAGCUAGAGUGCAGUGCGGUAAUACAGACACAACCUAUCCUAUUUAAACUACCACCUACAGACCAGCAGAGGGAGCUAGAGUACAGUGCGGUAAUAGACACAACCUAUCCUAUUUAUACUGCCACCUACAGACCAGCAGGGGGAGCUAGAGUACAGUUUGGUAAUACAGACACAACCAAUCCUAUUUAUACUGCCACCUACAGACCAGCAGAGGGAGCUAGAGUACAGUGCGGUAAUACAGACACAACCUAUCCUAUUUAUACUACCACCUACAGACCAGCAGAGGGAGCUAGAGUGCAGUGCGGUAAUAGACACAACCUAUCCUAUUUAUACUACCACCUACAGACCAGCAGAGGGAGCUAGAGUGCAGUGCGGUAAUACAGACACAACCUAUCCUAUUUAUACUACCACCUACAGACCAGCAGAGGGAGCUAGAGUGCAGUGCGGUAAUACAGACACAACCUAUCCUAUUUAUACUACCACCUACAGACCAGCAGAGGGAGCUAGAGUGCAGUGCGGUAAUAGACACAACCUAUCCUAUUUAUACUACCACCUACAGACCUGCAGAGGGAGCUAGAGUGCAGUGCGGUAAUACAGACAACCUAUCCUAUUUAUACUACCACCUACAGACCUGCAGAGGGAACUAGAGUGCAGUGCGGUAAUAGACACAACCCAUCCUAUUUAUACUGCCACCUACAGACCAGCAGAGGGAGCUAGAGUGCAGUGCGGUAAUACAGACAACCUAUCCUAUUUAUACUACCACCUACAGACCUGCAGAGGGAGCUAGAGUGCAGUGCGGUAAUACAGACACAACCUAUCCUAUUUAUACUACCACCUACAGACCAGCAGAGGGAGUUAGAAUGUAGUGCGGUAAUACAGACACAACCAAUCCUAUUUAUACUGCCACCUAUAGACCAGCAGAGGGAGUUAGAAUGUAGUGCGGUAUUACAGACACAACUAAUCCUAUUUAUACUGCCACCUACAGACUAGCAGAGGGAGUUAGACCAUUUUGCCGGUUUUUCAUUAAACCAUGGUUCAGGUUAAUAUGAUUUUAAUGUCACUGUGGUAGUCCAUUAGUCAAGCUCUCCAUGAAGGUUGCUUAAAUAAAGAGUGAAGGUGCGCUAAUCCUGGAAAAUUAGUAGGCAGAAAUUGUUUAAGAAACGUUGCACAUGUUUUAAGGCAGAUCGAUAGGAAAUUAGAAAGGGUUAUGGGAUAAUUCAAAAAUAUAAAUAGCCCCCAAAAAAGUAAACAGAGAUAUACGUCAUGUAGCUGAAUUAGGUAGCUGCCUGUCUGCACUACACAGUCAUUUAUACCAAAGUAGAAUCAUUAAAUGUGGGAAGAAAUGCAAAAUGUAGGUAAAAGGUGCUGAAACGGAAACAUUCUCCAACGCUUUAUUUUAUAUUUUGGAUAAUAUAUAGAACUUUUACUUUACUCUGAUUCUUCUGAACACGCUGUCUUCUCUGGUUUUAAAUCCGUCUGUCUUCCCUCCUUGUGUAGGAGCAGUCUCUGCCAUCUCCUCUCCUCGGACCAUCUCUUUUGAUACAAAUUCAAGAAGUCAACAGGUUCCUGAAUGACCUUCUGUCCCCUCCAGAAAAGGUACAGGGUUUGUCCCAUUAAUUGUCUUUCUUUGAGUGAGUCUUUCAUCUGAGAUGUUCUUUCCAUGAGUCAGAUUGAAAUAAUUUUGCUAAAAUACACAAGUUGUUUUGUUGUUGGAUUUUUAUUAAUAUUUAUUAGCAUUUUGGAACUAUAAAACAUACAACAAAGAAAACCUUUGCAGUGAAACUGCCUCUUCCCAGGAUUUGACAUUUAAAUUAAACAGAGGAUCACGUGAUUAGUUAUAGGUGAUUUUAAAUGUUUUAUUCAGUUAAUGUCCAGAUAAGUGAAAGUUGAUCUUUGAACAAUAAGGGACGUGCACACCUGAUUCGGAUCCUCACCACAUGGUCCAUAGUAAAACAAAACUCUGUACUAUUUCCCAUACCUCUUACUUAUCCGUAGUGAUGUUUAGACUCCGGUUUCUAGAUUUUUGAUCAUAGAAAGUAUGGUUAGGCAGUAGUUUGGACUUUCUUCCUUUAGUUUCGUUUACUAUUUGUUUAUUGUCCUUUUUUUACUUUCAUGUCUAUUCUCUUGUGGGACUAGGGAUAUUCAAUAAUAGAGAGAUUCCGAUUUGGUUUAGUAUUUAGAAAAUAGGGGGCACCCAAAGGCACGAUAGGGUGUUCUCAUGCUGUUAAAUUAUUAUGGUUCCUUUUCUUUCUUUAUGGACUACACUCUUGAUUUACUUUUUUGCUGCUUCGUUUAUUUACUGCGCUUUCCUAGUAAGUCUCUGGAUGUUGCACAGCAGCAGUUUUUCCUCAUUGACUUUCAUUUAGAUAGCGACUCUUUCUUUUGUUGUUGCUACUAUAGCUUUUAAUUUGUAUACUUGGCAGAAGGUUAACACUCAAAUUGUUGUAGCUGUUUAGCAAUCACCUGUUAAGCUGUGUGUGCCAUUUAUUAGAAAAUUGCUGUUUUUAAAUUUUAUCUGCUGCUUAUUAUCCUGGAACUAAUAAAAAUUAAUGUUUCUUUUGGCAAAGUACACCCUGGGCCAGCCCUGGAGAGGUGCACUGUGUGCGCUGUGUGAUAGCACAGAGUACAAUAGAGAGCAGGGUGUUGACACAUCUCUCUGUCGGGUAGUAAGCAAAGUAUCUUAAGAGUUGAGGAGUUCAAUGCUGAGUGUUAGUGUGGCCAAUCUCCAACAGCCGAUGUAUUGCAUCAAUGCCUGACUGUCAGAAGAAAUUAGCUAAGUAAUGGAAAAAAGACUAAUAUAGCAAGUGAAUAAAACCAAGACGCUUAAUAUUACUGUUUAUUCAAGGAAAGUUAAUGAUCGAUGUGUCAUAAUUUAAAACAUAACUAUUAUUAGUAAAUUUGUUACAAUAAAUGAAAGCUAUCUAUGUGGUUGUGACCAUAUAAUUGUGUGACGCAAUAUAAAGAAUGAAAAGAUCAUAAUAAGCCCUACCGAAUGAUAGAGUAAAAUGAUUAUAAUGUAAGUCACGUCAGAUAAACUGAUAGGUAGAACGAAAGACAAUGUAUCAAUCUCUGUUAGGAUCCCACUACUGAAUGAACAGGGAAUCAGUUACAAGUGUCUUAGGACAGAGAAAAUAAUUAUUCAAUAAUAGUGAAAGGACUUGGUAUUUAAAGACACUAAUAAUCCCUGUUAUUACUGCAGUGAUAAUGCAUUAUAUGCAGCCAAAGGGUAAUCAGAACAUUCAGGUCUCUUGUGGAUGGUUGGUCUAUUACAGUGUGUCUUAGUCAAUUACUGGCAAAAUAAAGAUUAUUAAAUCCCGUACCGCUUCACUGAACCAAAAGUGUCUUGAGCUCUCUCAUUAUGUAGCUGGUAGAUUUCUAUAUAUAUAUAUAGCUAUAUCCUGGUCAAUUACAAGAUGCAGACAAACAACUUUUUUUCUGGAAUAAAUUGGUUGCUUGGCAGCUUUCAGUGUGAAGAGAUUCUGUAUUGAAUGAGUCACCGUGCGCAUGACAACCGUAUUGGCGUAUGUGUGAGUGUGUGCGGAUAUUCAGAGAAAAUGUCAUUCAGUGCUAUGUCUCACAGUGUAAUUUCUCUUCUCUUGUAGAAACAGCCCUCGUACAUGACGAAGCACCCUGAUGCCAUCAACACACUCAGAUACCAGAACCAGCUGCUGACGCGGGUUAGUAAACCCUGGCUGCUCCAGAGCAGUAAUGGAAGACUUUGGGCAUGUCGAGGGUACAGGGACAGGUUUGGGUACAUGGAUUCCUAGCGUUCCCCACUGGCAGCAUUCCAGGAACUCCCUCCCAUUGCUGGUUCUCUUUUCUUGGUAUGAGUCAAUAUCUCCGUCUCCCUGAGUUCCCAUCAUGCAGUGCAAGGAGGCACUGGCGCUUGUGAUGAUUUCCUGUAAAUCUACAGUUGGGGUACCAAAAGUGAAUUUCAAAUUUAAGGUCAAAAUAGUUGAACUGGAAAAAUUAUCUGAGUCAGCAAUACUUUGAAUUAGGCUACUGUGGCCUGCAGGAUAAUGGCUUGGCCAGGCGAGGGGGAAGGUAGACAAACAACAGAGGAAGGUGUAGGACUGUUAUACAGCUCUGGUUAAUGGUGCGUUAUAAAUAAUAUUGUUCUAGAUAAAGUAUGAGUUAGAGAUGGUGAGAUUGCUCAGUUGGUUAUUGUACCAAUUGUGUUAGAAGUUCACACAGGUUAGUUUCAGAGCAGAAUCAACUAAAGCAUGCUUCUCUCUAAGGUUCCUGAUUACCAUGGAGUUAGGAGCGUGUAAUAUAUGUACCCUAGCAUUGCAGGAAAUGGAGGUCUCCAUGUAUCCCUCCUGAUAAUGUUGGAUACUAUUGUAACUGAUGUAAUUUCAUUGUAGGAGCUCUCCACACAGAAUGAAAGGAUCUGGAAGCUGCAGCGAGAGAAUGAGGCUUUAUAUAGGGAGCUUGAAGAGCGUCAGUUCCAUAGAGGGACAUUCAUCUGAGAGCAGUGGAUGCACCCAAUGUGCAGUCAGUUUUCCAUAUAAAGGGACUCGAGGAGCACAACAAGCUGUGCCACCAGCAGGAUAACCGUUAUAAAAUUACACAGUGCUAGAUCCAAUGAGACACAGUCUCGGUAAUUAGAGAUCUGCUGUUGGACCUGACUAGAAAGAAAAUAAAACAUUGCUCUUAUCCCUCGUCAGCCAAGCCUUCAUAUUGCGUGAUAUCUAUGAUCCAUGGCGUGUCUGGCCAGAGACCUCCAAGACAAACUGUGAAUAACAAACUAUACGGCAUCUGUGUCUUACGAAAUACCGGUUGUUUUCACCAUAACACACACCUGCAGCGUCCCUUCUUCCGAUCGUCAGAGCACUUCUCGUUUUGGAUUAUUCUUUCUAAUUACAUGACAGCAACAUUCUCAUCUUAUUACAGACACAGAACAGUCUUCUGCCCACAGAUCAUCAGAGGAUUCUUCUCACCUUGAAAAAAACAAAUCUGUUUAACCACAGACUUCCCUGUCCGAAUCCGCCACUAUCUGUGUCCCUUAAUUUUUAUAUUAAAAAUAUCACAUCAUUCUUUUCUGUAUGGCCUCUGUUUACAGAUAUGUAUACGAGUCAAUGAUGUUAUGUAACACUAAAGGCUUUAUUCAAUAAACCCCAAACUGUAGAGAAUGAAAACCAAGGUGUAAAGUUUACGCAAGAGCAGCUGGUUUGCACAAAAACUCUCCAGUUCAGCAAUAAUUGGAGUUUGCCCAUUUUAGUAUACAUUGUGUAAUUGUUUCUAAUCCUCUAGAAUUAGUUAUUGAGCGAAUAACCUGUGGUGUCUUGUUGCUGGUACAGUUUCUCUGCUACUAAGUGUGCAGAGCGUGCAUUCUUUCUGACCAUUCCAGGCACCCACUGGUGUGGAAGAAAUGUAAAACCGUUCGUUGCGUGGCUGCUUCUACUGGGAGAAUUAAGUGAACCUGGGCUGGGGGAAAUAUAAUUAAUACAUAGCUGUUUAACUACAUCUAUUCUCAAGGAAGGGAAGUUUAUGCAGAUUAUCAAAAACUGAAGUUAAAGGGAGAAGCCAGAUUAAAAUAUGGAAAACUAACCCUUUUAUUCAAUUGGCCUUCAUUUUAGCACUUUGGGUGAAUGGAAUUCAUGUAAUUGUAUAAACUAGGCAAGUCUGUUCAAUCCCCUGUAUUAUUCGCAAUAAAUACAUUGUUUG